CGGAUCGCAGCACGCAUGCGCUCUCGGUCGCUGCCCCUCAGCCGCUGGAGGCGCUGUCUGCCGCCCGUGCGGGGCUGGAUGAGGUGGGGGCGGUCCGCGAGCGUGAUGGCGGCUGCGGCAGCGGCGGCCGGGGGAGGUGGGGAGCGGAGCAGCACCCGGGAACGGCUGCUGGCGGCGCUGGAGGAUCUCGAACUCCUGGCCAGGGAACUAAUUGAAAUUUUGGCAAUUUCAAGAAACCAGAAGCUUCCACAACCAGGAGAAGAGAGCCAGAUCCUGGAGCUGCUGAUUCAGAGAGAUGGAGAGUUUCAAGAGCUAAUGAAGUUGGCAGUUGAUCAGGGGAAAAUCCACCAUGAAAUGCAGCUUUUAGAAAAGGUAGUAGAAAAGAGAGAUAAUGACAUUCAGCAGCUGCAGAAGCAACUGAAAGAAGCAGAGCACAUACUGGCCACAGCUGUUUAUCAAGCAAAGGAAAAACUGAAAUCAAUUGAAAAGGCAAGGAAAGGUGCCAUUUCAUCUGAAGAAAUAAUUAAAUAUGCCCACAGGAUCAGUGCUAGUAAUGCUGUUUGUGCCCCUCUGACGUGGGUACCAGGGGACCCACGCAGGCCAUAUCCUACAGAUCUAGAAAUGAGGAGUGGUCUCCUGGGUCAGAUGAACAACCCAUCCACUAAUGGGGUUAAUGGACACUUACCUGGGGAUGCGCUUGCAGCAGGCAGAUUGCCAGAUGUGCUUGCUCCUCAGUAUCCUUGGCAAUCAAGUGAUAUGUCAAUGAACAUGCUACCUCCUAACCAUAGUAAUGACUUCAUGUUGGAGCCUCCGGGACACAAUAAAGAGAAUGAAGAUGAUGUGGAAGUGAUGUCAACAGACUCCUCAAGCAGCAGCAGUGACUCAGACUAGGUACAGGAGGGACGGUAUCCCUAGUAGACCUUUCCUGUGGUGAAGAUGUUCAACUGAGAUGACUGGGAGCUUUCUGCUGGAUGAGAGAUGUCAGAUUUCCAGUGCUGAUGUAAAUGUGUGAAUGAGUAUGUUUGCAAGAGAUGUGUGCAUUUGUAUACAUAUAUAUAUAUAUAUACACUAUACAUAUUAGAUGACAACGUUCCUGGGACAAAAGGUGUAAGGGGAAUCCCCUUGUAUGUAUGCUAGUAACUUGACUCUUUUGAAGACAGUCUUUUCUAUGGCACAGAAAUAAGGCAUAAGAUUUGUAAUUUUAAUACCUUUUUUGUUACUGCUGAAAUGCAUGUUGUUAAUCACCUAGUGUGUUCUGAGAACAAAACCAUGGCAAUAAGGUGUUUAAAAAAAAAAGUUUGUAAUUAUUGUAAUAUAUAAUAAACUCACCUUUGCAACUUUGCUACACUUUGCAAACAUAAGUCUUAGGUUUGUUGUGUGAGUUCAUUAGUCAGCGCAUUUCAUCUGUGUGUGUUUGAUUUCUGAUUCAGUUUCAGAAGUUUGUGAUCCUUUUAUUGGGAUGUUUAAUCACAGAACAGUCAGGGUUGGAAGGGACCUCAAGGAUCAUGAGGCUCCAACCCCCUGCCACAGCCAGGGCCACCAACCUCCACAUUUAAUACAGGACCAGGCUGCCCAGGGCCCCAUCCAACCUGGCCUUCAACACCUCCAUGGAUGGGGCAUCCACAGCCUCUCUGCACAGCCUGUUCCAGCACCUCACCACUCUCUCUGUAAAGAACUUCCCCCUGACAUCCAACCUAAGUCUUCCCUCCCUCAACUUAAAACCAUUUCCCCUUGUCCUGCUGCUAUUUACCAUUGUAAAGAGUUGACUCCCCUCCUGUUUAUGUGCUCCCUUUAGGUACUGAAAGGCUACAAUGAGGCCACCCUGCAGCCUUCUUUUCUCCAGGCUUUUUCCCUUUGCAGUGUCAGUAUUGGAAGCAGCUGAGCAGCCAGCAGCUGCAAGUCUGUUCUUUUCAGCUGAGCCUAUCAGGUACACACAACUGCAGACCCUGAAGCAGUGAUGUAGAAUGCCCACUUGCCAGACACCACAGAUAUUUUGGUCAGGUAUCCCAGGGCCAUGGAUGCUUUGGAGCAUACUGCAGAUUCAGCUCUUUUCAGUUCAAAAGGAGCUCACUUAUUAUUUAGUCUUUGUCAUCUAUAAUUUUUUUCAGUUCUUUGAACCUGUUCAUUUGUUUGCUCCAGCAAUUGCAUUUUUACCUCUGCUGUAAGUGUUCUUUCAUCUUUCCGAAGUUAUUUCUCUUGGCUUUCUUUGCUCUGUUUUGCUUAGGGAGUCAUAUGAUGACAGCUACUCUUUUAUUUUUGCAAUCUGAUCAGGUUACUCAUGCAAACUGUUACUUAUACCAGUUACAGGUUUCUGCCCUGCCUUACUGUUAAGGCUACCUGAAACAGAGAUCAAAGUUCUCUCAACUUUUGCAUAUUCUGUGCAGGAAAUAGCUGUUAAAUCAAGAAUCGUUCCUCAUUGUUCAGGCAGGCCUUCAGCAGUGACAGUAAUGAUACCAUAUGACCUAUAUAUAUAUGAGUCCCAUAGGGAUACAGGAAUGAAAAUCACCUUUUCAGUUAGGUUCAAGCACUUUAAGGGAAUAUGGGCAAUUUGGUUUUGUCUCAGCUAUCACUUUUGGAAGUAUUUUCACUUCCUAAGAUUUUUUAACCUCUGUUUCACAGUUAGAAGUAAUUCUUAUUCAUAGGUAUUUUAAUCUUUAUGCUAGGAUCAGCUUUUUCUCUUUGGUGCCUACUCUCCAGCUGUCUUUUAAGAUAAGUGCUUGCCCUUUAAGAGAGGCCAGGUGCAUCUGACUCCAUCUCUGGAUGCAUUCAUGGCCGGGCUGGAUGUGGCUCUGGGCAGCCUGGUCUGGUGCUUGGCGUCCCUGCACAUAGCAGGGGUGUUGAAACCAGAUGAUCAGUGUGGUCCUUUUCAACCCAGGCCAUUCUAUGGUUUUAUGAUUUGGAUCAACAUAAAUUAACCAUCCUAACAAAUAAUGUACCCCAAAGUCUUAUAAGGCAAUAUCAUAUGAUUCAUUCAUUUAAAUAACUGAGAAGGUGGGUGGUUGUUUCCAGAUAUAAAUAAAAAAGGAACAGAAGGCAGAGUUUUGUGAAAUAACCACUUACUUUCCUGGGUUGUUUAGUGGCCUGUUAAGGGAUUAAAAGGUACCCCUAAGUUACCUGUUUCAUGUAUUUAAGAAAUACAGUUCACUUUGCUGCUCUAGUGCAUAAAAUCAGACUUGGCACAUAAGAUGCAUCCUAGAUAAAGUUUCAUUGCGUAAAUUCUUCGAGCUAUCUGUUAGGAAAGUUUUUUUCUGAUUUGUAUGUCAAGAUGCUAGCUACUAUAAGCAAUUUAACAUAAACUUGCAAAGGUUUAACUGCAUGUUCUGUUAUUCAGUUGCUUUGAUGUGUACAGAAUGCAUUUUCCUACUUAAUUUUAUAUUUAAUUUGAUCUUUGUAUUUCUGCUCAGUUGAAAAUAAGCACUAAAAGUGAUUGAGCAUCAAAUAUUGGGAGUGCUGGGGGUGCAGUGUGUAAGAAAUAGAAAUGCAAGGUGCAUGCAGAACAAGUGAAUUUAGAGAUUGCUGAUAGCUGAUUGCAGUAAUGCACUGUCAUUUAAUCAAUCCACUUAGGAAGAGAAUGGUAACCCUGA